AUGGAAAAUUCGAAAGAUGUUAUAUUCAGCUUUUAUCAACACUACAAAUAUUACCAUUUUUUUGCUAUAACGUUUGGCCUUGGAUGUGGAAUGGCUCUGUACAGACCAUAUCGUAUGCUUGUGGUCCCGUCAGUCCUUGCAGUAAUUUCCACCAUAUUGUUUGAGAUUAUGGGCGUAACCUUUGAUCUACCAGCACAUACGGCAAAAUGCAAAGGCUGUCCCUAUGAUAAACGAGAUGUAUACUGGGGAUUUGGACUUGCCGUUUUAGUGGCAGUUCUGCAUUCUCACGCAUAUCAUGUUUAUACUUUAUCAUAUGGGUGUGGCAUCAUGGUAUUUGCACUUCGAGGAGCCAAACGGAAAUACAGUUUUUUAUGGGAGCUCUGGGACAAACAGGACCAAUGGUAG